GCAGUUUAGUUCUUGCUGACACCGAUUUUUCUGGACGCACGAAUUUCUUCUCUGCGGACGGAGCAGAGCAACCGCCCGCCUUCCACACCGGCCCGCAACGCAAUGCACUCCGCUUCUUCCUCGUCCUAUUCCUCGCCGGAGGCAGCAGCAGCAGCAGACCCCGGCCGUAUGACCACGGUCUCGCGCCACUACUUCGGCGGCGCCUCCUCCGACCGCGACCACCACCUCCGCGUCGACAUCCUCGAGAAUAUGCAAGAGGAUUACGGGAUGUUCGUCUGGCCGUGCAGCGUCAUACUCGCCGAGUACGUGUGGCAGCAGAGGCCGCGCUUCUCAGGCUCCGCCGUCGUAGAGCUUGGUGCUGGAACCUCGCUACCGGGUUUAGUCGCUGCAAAAGUUGGAGCAAAUGUCACGCUGACGGACAUUGCAGAUAAUACAGAAGUACUGGACAACAUCAGACAAAUAUGCGGAGUCAACGAUGCCAACUGCAAUGUAUUAGGACUUACGUGGGGAGAUUGGGACGAACCUAUCUUUGAUUUGCACCCUGAUAUUAUUCUCGGAGCCGAUGUGCUUUAUGAUUCAGCAAAAUUUGAUGAUCUCUUCGCGACGGUUACCUUUCUCCUGGAAAGUUCCCCUGGGGCAGUAUUCAUUACGACAUAUCACAACCGCAGUUUGAUUUUUCUGUGCAGUGGCCAUCAUUUGAUUGAGUUCUUGAUGGUGAAGUGGGGUUUGAAGUGUCUGAAACUUCUGGAUGGCUUCUCCUUCCUUCCCUCAUGCAAGGCUGCUUCACUGCAGGGAAACAUUCAGCUCGUUGAGAUUACACUUGACAAAGAAAAACCUAAAUGAUUUUCAGGUAAUCUGCAUCCGUUGUAGGCCUCAAUCUAGAAGAGCUUGUUGCUUCGACAAACCAAGCCAAAGAGUUCUGGAAGUAUUGUGAGGGAUGGUAAUGGCAUAUGUGUAUUGCUUGUUGAUUCCUUUAUUUCACGCAUAGCGCACAGGCAUUAUGCUUGACAAUUAUGCUAGGCAUCUUUAUAGCGUCUUAAGUGGUCGACAA